UGCGAGGGUAACAGUCGUGCCGCGGCCUCCAAGAAGGGAGGUUGUUAUUGCGUCUUCUCCGAGUAACUCGCGUUGUCGCGCCAUAACACUCUUCUAACGUUUCUUAUCACGCGUGCUUUCCAAUUCCACGAUUAAAAAAAUGCCGAAUAGAACGAUGUCGUGGCAUCGUUAGAAAUAUAUUCGCUAUGUAAACGAAGUGUUACUUCGCGUUGAACAAAGUUUGUGGUGUUUCGAUGGGACCGAUGUGACGACAAACUUUGCGUCCCUUUGUUAUAUUUAGUUGUGCCCCGUACUCUUUCCUAAGUUUUAUUCGACGAACGAGAGGAAAGAAGAAGAGGAAUAAAGAAAUAUUAGACGAGUUUAAGAACGGCGUUUCAAGGUGUUACUUAAUAUGGCGGCGACGAGGAUCGGCGGGAAACGGAAGUAAGCGAUGGGAACAUGACGCGAAUGAACGAGUGUACAUCGAAGGUCGUUCGAAGGGUUUUUUUUUUCUAAAGAAAGAAAAAGAGAUAGAAAUAUCGUCGUUUCUAAGAAAAGCUUGGCGAUAGGGAACCAUUUUUGUUUUUAUGCUCACCUCUGGGAGAAGUCGAGACAGUAAAAGGAGAGUGGCUUACGAGGAAGAAACACGAAGAGACAUCGGAUCAUCCAAAAGAGGGAGAGAGAGAGAGAGAAGCGGAGGAAGAAUUCCUUUGUCCUCUGAGGCAGUACCGAAGGCGUCCAAGAGAAAGGAAGACAGAGUGAAAGAGGGGAUACGAAGAGAGCACGCGGUUGAGUUUUCAUCUCUCUCUUCUCCCGUGUGUAUACCUGUGCCACCGGUAAGAUUCCGUGCCUCGAAGCUAAAGAGAGAGGAGAAACAGAGGUCGUAGAAGAGAAUGAUAGACGGACAUGCGUGUUUUUAAUAUGUACUCGUUUAGUGUUCGUUAGAACGUUAUAAAUUGCGAAUGUCGAGAUAUUGCGUGUCAUUCAAAUUUCAUUCCUUAUCUCCAAACUACAAAGUGAUAUCUUAUUGAAGUUUAUUUCGCUUUUGGAAACUCGUAAAUUCGUUCUAAAUGGAUCGGUGAGAGAAAGAGAGAGAGGAUCUUUUUUAUUUGGUUUUCUAAUUCGUCAAAAAUAUUGUUCUCCGAUCAGUUCGAGUGCGAAAAGAUUUAGGUGAUACAUUUCGUUAUUGAAAAUUUCUAUAUACGAAAAGAAAGAAGGAAAAUAGAAAAAUCUGUGAAAGUUCGUUUGGAAGAAUGCAGAGACGAAGGUUACCGGAUACGAUGGCGUUGCUGGUGAGGGCAGCUGUUCUAGCAGCUGUCCUGGGACAAUUUCUGCCUAGCGGCUUGGCCAGCAGAUUGUUAGCUGCUGCUCAUCCUGGACAUGCUUAUUUCGAACAACCUUGCUGUGGACGAUCUCACCUGAGGCACCAUAAAGAACACGUACGAGAAUUCAGCUGUGGUAUGCUCUACUAUAGGACACUCUACCUGGAUAGUAAAAGGGAUGCUCUUUACGUUGGUGCGAUGGACAAAAUCUUCAGAUUGAAUCUAAGCAAUAUCAGCCACUCGAAUUGCGAGAGAGAUGCUCUAAAUCUGGAACCAAGUAAUGUUGCUAAUUGUGUAUCAAAGGGUAAAUCCGAGCAUUUCGACUGUCGUAACCACAUAAGAGUGAUACAACCGAUGGGAGAUGGCAAUCGACUCUACAUGUGCGGUACAAACGCACACUCGCCAAAGGAUUGGGUGAUUUAUAGCAAUCUAACGCAUUUACCACGACACGAGUUCGUUCCUGGUGUCGGGAUGGGUAUAGCAAAGUGUCCUUACGAUCCUGCUGACAAUUCGACGGCAGUCUGGGUAGAAAAAGGCAAUCCUGGUGAUUUGCCGGCCCUUUAUUCCGGCACAAACGCCGAAUUCACGAAAGCCGACACGGUCAUCUUUCGUACGGAUCUUUACAAUUUGACGACCGGUCGAAAAGCUUUCAGCUUCAAGAGGACCCUCAAAUAUGAUUCCAAAUGGCUCGACAAACCAAACUUCGUUGGAUCAUACGACAUCGGUAGCUACGUGUUCUUCUUUUUCCGCGAGACCGCGGUUGAGUACAUAAAUUGCGGUAAAAGCGUGUACUCGCGGGUAGCCAGAGUUUGCAAGAGAGAUACCGGUGGAAAAAAGAUACUGUCUCAGAAUUGGGUGACGUAUCUGAAGGCCAGACUGAAUUGCUCGAUACCCGGGGAAUUUCCCUUCUACUUCAACGAAAUACAGAGCAUUUACAAAGUACCAGGCGACGAUACACACUUUUAUGGAACGUUUACUACUUCAACGAACGGAUUGAUGGGUUCAGCAAUUUGUUCCUUCCACAUCGACUCGAUCCAGGAAGCUUUCCGCGGGAAAUUUAAAGAGCAAGCAACGAGUAGCAGCGCAUGGUUGCCUGUACUAUCAAAUAAAGUACCAGAACCACGUCCAGGACAGUGUGUGAACGACACAGAGUCUUUACCGGAUACCGUCCUCAAUUUUAUAAGAUCUCAUCCAUUGAUGGACUCUGCGAUCUCGCACGAGAACGAGAAGCCGGUCUUUUACAAGCGUGACGUCAUGCUCACGCGACUCGUCGUCGAUAAACUUCGUAUCGACUUUGUAGGCAUUGAUUUGGAUUACACGGUCUACUACGCCGGAUCCAGUGAUGGCCGCGUUCAUAAGGUCGUCCAAUGGAUCGACAACAACGGCGAGUCUCAGUCGAUCCUCUUGGACGUGUUUGACGUCACGCCUGGAGAACCGAUUCAGGCGAUGGAAAUUUCUAAGGAGCACAAGGCACUCUACGUCGCAUCGGAUCAUCGAAUAAAGCAGAUCGAUCUUGUAAUGUGUACACGCCGAUACGACAACUGCUUGCGCUGCGUUCACGAUCCCUAUUGCGGUUGGGACAAAGACAGCAAUACCUGCAAGCCAUACGAGCCAGGAUUACUUCAAGACGUAUCGAACAGCACGGCAGAUGUAUGCGAUAGUAGCGUGGGUAAACGAAAGCUCGUGGUGACGUGGGGUCAAUCGGUCCAUCUCGGUUGUUUCGUGAAGAUGCCAGAGGUUCUGGCAAAUCAGGAGGUCAGAUGGUAUCACUACAGUAAAGAAAAGGGUCGAUAUCAGAUAGCUUACAAAUACGGUGUCGGUGGUGACAAGUUCAUUGAGACUUCGGAAAAGGGAUUGGUUAUCGUUGGUGUGAACGAGCAGGAUGCUGGCAGAUACGAUUGCUGGCUCGGUGGUGCACUUCUUUGCUCUUACAAUAUUACCGUGGACGCUCACAGAUGUUCAGCACCGGCUAAAUCUAAUGAUUAUCAGAAGAUUUAUUCGAACUGGUGUCACGAGUUUGAGAAAUAUAAGUCUGCGAUGAAGAGUUGGGAACGGAGACAAGCGCAAUGUGUUUCGUGCCAGAAUGAUAGCAAUCAGAAUCUCCAUACGAACGAAGUAUACGGCACUCCCUUGGUCUGAUAGAACCAUUCGUUGGAACACACAUCAAGCCGAGAUUACGAAUAUCAGAGCGCGCUGACGAUGACACGAGAGGGUCGCGUUGGUCCAGCGACGAACACGGGGACGAGAGGCAGUGGCAGCAUCAACAUCAGCAACACCAGCAUCCAUAGUAUCGCUCUUAGCUUGCUACUGAUCCUCAGAAAUCUUCGAUUUCUCGAGUUUCUUCGUUCGAACGAAGAUAUUCGGUUGUCGAACGACUAAAAUCCGAAACGCAAUAAGAAGAGAAAAGGGAGAGGGAAGAAAGAGAGAGAGAAUGAGAGAGAGAGAGAGAAU